GUGACGCUGCGCUCUGGCUCCUCUGUUUACAGACGCGGCCGCGGAGAACAACGCACCUGGAGAGCCCGUGCACGCUGCAGCAUGAAGCUUCGGGUUCGCAUCAACCGGCACACCAGCCGGGUGGAGUUACUGGGAGAAGAACCCAGUCUGAAGGAGCUCACGGAUCAGAUCCAGGAGACUCUUCUGACCUCUCAGGGCCUCAGUGCAGACACAAAGUUCAGUUUGUCUCUGAACGGCUCUGAGCUUCUGUCGGACUCCGGUCAGACUCUGUCGUCCUGCGGCAUCGUGUCCGGAGAUCUGAUCUGUGUCGUCCUGCCUGAGUCUGCAGCCAACAACUCCAACCGCUCCUCAACCCCCUCGACCUCCUCGACCCCCUCGACCUCCUCGACCCCCUCGACCUCCUCAACCUCCACCAACAGGACCAGCAACUCAGAGAACCAGAGGCAGCAGCAGAACCAACAGAACAAGCAGACUGCUGUCAUGACAUCCAACCAGCCCAGCAGCAGCAGCAGACCUGCAGCCGCUCCGUCAGAGUCCGAGGACACCGGUCCGGUUCUGGACUCUGAACCCUCACCGGUCCCCAGCUGGGAGCCCAUGCUGUGCAGCGAGGCGGAGGAGGGUCAGGCUCCUCUCUCCCUGGAGCUCCUCCUCCACUCGGCCCAGACCUCCAGCCCCAACGACGCCAUCAUGGUGGCCGGACACCUGCUGAUGCUGGAGACCGGCUUCCUUCCUCAGAGUGCUGAGCUGAAGGCCUCUGAGAUGCCUGCAGGCUGGAGGUCCCCGGCUGGAGUCUACAGGCUGCAGUACUCUCAUCCUCUGUGUGAACACAGUGUGGCCAUGGUGGUGUCGGUGUGCAUGGGCCCGGUGCUCGUCAUCAACGCGACUCUGAAGGUGAACGAAACCGUCGACACGGUUCGUAAACUGUGUCUGAAUCCAUCCAGCUACGUGACGGACGAGUGGCCAGGAGAAAGUGCGGCUGCAGCCUUCAGAGAUCUGAACAAACUGUCCCGGAUCUUCAAAGACCAGCUGGCGUACCCGCUGAUCGCCGCCGCCAGAGACGCCAUGGCGCUGCCCGUGGCGUUCGGUCUGGCCGCUCUUCCUCCGGAGCUCCUCCUCAGAGUCCUCAGGCUGCUGGACGUUCGCUCGCUGGUCCGGCUGUCUUCGGUCUGCAGACACCUGAGCGUCUCCACGGCCGACUCGUCGCUAUGGAGACACCUGUACCGCCGGGACUUCUCAGAUCGAGACCUCAGCCGCUCCAGAGACACGGACUGGAAAGAGCUUUACAAACAGUUCUAUAAGUUCCGUCUUGAGAUCCGUGUGGUUCCUCGUCCCCGUUCCCUCCCUCCUUUCCACCGGAACCCCUUCGUCCCCCUCCCCGUCCCCCUCCACCCGCCGCUGCCUGGCAUCAUCGGGGGAGUACGACCAGAGUGUGGUCCUCCCCGCGUCCUCCUCCCCCGGCCCCGGUACUACCCCAUCGGCCCGCCGCCGGACCUCCUCCACAGACGACCCCGACACCCACGAGCUGCAGACGUCCGGAGAGGAUUCAUCUGAGUCAUGUUUGAGUUCUGGACCAAUCAGAGCUGCUUCUUCUCAUUAAAGAACGCUGAUCAAUAAUCAAUAA